AGUUGUGGAUAAUCUCUCCUUUCUAUCUGUCUCCCUCGAUUUCUCCUGUGCUUCUGCAGCAGCAAAAUGUCUACUUCUCCAGCCUCUCCUACUCCUCGCACCUUUUGCUCACUCACCAAUUCCUGCAGGACGAGUCUUGUAUCUUUAAAUACCCAUAAUAAUAUUGGCCGACUACCCAAAGGCAUAUUGUCUGUCACCUUUUAUCACCGUCCAUCUCAAAGUUGCAAUUUUAAGCUUUGCUUUCCUACUGGUGGGCUGUUUUUCCCUUUUUGCAAAAGGGGUUGUGUUGUGUCAGCUGCUUCACCCAAAUUGUACGGAAACAAACGGUAUCAACUUAAUUCAAGUCUUGGUUCUCAGAGCAGUUACACGGAUUUAAAGGACAAUGUGCCUAGCAGUCUGCAUAUUCUCGAGGAGCAGCUGAGGGAUUUAUUUAAUGAAGUCCAUGCCAUGAUAAGAAUAGGGAAGGAAAAUGAGGCCAGAGAUCUGCUUCUAGCGAAUUAUGAAGCUGUCAAAGAACAGAUAGAUGCAGGUAACAAGGGUAUAGAAGAAGCUGCUAUUCUUGAUGUAACAGCCUUGGGAUACAUGGCUCUUGGGGAUACAAGUUCUGUCAAACCCCUGUUGGAUGCGUUGGGCGAGAUUGUUGAUGACUUGAAAGAUGAGGAGCCUCUUCUGGACUCGAUACUCACACAUAUGGGUAAUAUGUAUGAAAAAUUGGAAAAUUUUGAGAUGUCCAUUUGUCUCUAUGGAAGAGCUGUCAAAGUUAUUGAGAGACUCUAUGGAAAUACCAGUUCUUUUAUCGUCACUCCAUUGUUAGGGAUGGCAAAAGUCCUGGGUUCUAAUCGAAAGACCACAAAAGCAAUAGAGGCAUACCAUCGUGUGGUUAAAAUACUCGAAUCUAGCAGGGGUGAAGAAAGUGAAGAAUUGGUAGUUCCUUUAUUUGCGAUGGGCAAUCUUCUUCUGAAGGAAGGGAGAGUGGCUGAUGCAGAAAAUGCUUUUAAUAGAAUUUUGACCACAUACAUGAAGUUAUAUGGAGAAAAUGAUGGCAGAGUUGGACUGUCUAUGAGUUAUCUUGCACGUGCAAAAUGUGCAAAAGGAGACGUGAAUGAAGCCAUUGAGCUGUAUAAAGAGGCUCUUCGUAGGCUGAAAGAUUCUGAUUAUAUAGCCAUAGAUGAUCAAAUAAUGGAGAAGAUGAGAGUAGACUUGGCUGAAUUGCUUCAUGUGGUUGGAAGAGGUGAAGAAGGCCGCCUGCUACUGGAGGAAUGCUUGUUGAUAACUGAGAAGUUCAAGGGAGAGGGGCAUCCCAGUUCAGUCUCCCAUUUAGUGAAUCUAGCCACUUCUUAUUCACAGUCCAAAAGAUUUGCAGAAGCUGAGCGCAUGCUGAGGAUGAGUUUGCAGAUUAUGUUGAAGAAUGUUUCACCUGAUGAUCAAUCCAUUACUUUCCCAAUGCUGCAUCUUGCAGUUACUCUCUACAAUCUAAACCGUAGCGAGGAAGCCGAAAAAUAUGCAUUAGAGGUUCUGCAAAUCCGUGAGAAGGCAUUUGGGAAAGAUUCUCUACCAGUUGAGUUUCUAUAUGCAGGGGAGGCUCUUGACUGUUUGGUCUCCAUUCAGACCCAGCUGGGAAAGGAUGACGGUGAAUUGCUAGAGUUGCUCAAGAGAGUACUGAAAAUUCAAGAGAAAGCUUUUGGUACUGAUAGCGAGGAAGUCAUGGAAACACUUAAAAAGAUUGUAUAUUACUUGGAGAAGAUGGGGAGGAGACAUGACAAACUCCCUCUGCAAAGAAGAUUAUCAAAGCUCAGAAGUAAAUAUAACCAAAUGGUUCAAUAUUAAGGAUCCUGCAAAGCCACAUGUCAGAUGUGUACCUGCUUUCAUGCCAUUAGUGAUGUCAAAUCGCUUACGGUUCUGCAGCAAGAAACUUCUCUUUCUAUUGGAAGUUCGAGUGUCUAAGUAGGAAAAGAGAUUACUGGAGUAUAGCAGAUGAUCGGUUUUUCUUGCUGCCAUGGUGAACAAGGUAGGCAGUCAAAAUAACAAAGAUAAAAUGACAGGCAUAUGAAAGAAAUUCUCCUUUGCUAUAUCUAUCCAAGAGUGUAAAUGCAAUUUCAGAGAACGUGAAGAAGCAGUUUGAUAUGAAAGUUUAGGGGACAGUGUUGUCGACAAAAGGUAUCAUACGUUGUUGAUGCAUCUUAUGAAGUGUUAAAGUGUUCUUUGCCAGAGAUUUUCGGGUCCUAAUUAGCUUCAUGACAUCAAUAGCAAAACAGCAAUGAGAAUGUUCUGCAAUCGUGCUCAAGAUUUCAUAUCAAUAAGAUAAUUCGUCACUCCCAUUUUCCAGAGUUAAUAAUGUUCGAGGAAAUUCCCCCACGUCUGCAGUGGAUGCUGUGGAUUUAUUUAACUGCAUUUAUGGAUUCCAUAUUGGUUGCUUUCAUGAAUUCCGCUUCCUUGGUUUUUCUUUUCCUUUCCUUUCUUGCUUAUCCUUUUUGAUUUUGUUCAAUCUUCUUCAGGCGUUAAAGCCUUGCUGCACAGAGUAACAUCUACUCAUCCUGCUACCUCUUUGCUUCUAAUAGGUGUGGAGAUGCAUGCAAGACGUCGACCCAAAUGGGACAGUUUCCAUAUUUACAAUCUGAUUGAACUAUAUUGUGCAAUGGGUUUGAACACUGGAAUAUGAUAGCAUGCUUACCUGGAAGAUUAGUCCUUGUUCAUAUGCAAGUGGUAUCGACUGGUGCUAACUUGGUUUAGAUGAUAACAUUACUGCAUUUUCAUGGAGCCUGGUCGUCUGUUGAAGAAAAAUGUUACUGCUGAAUCCCUUUACAUGAGACAUCCCCAUUGAGCAAUUUAGUGGUAGUUCAAUUGGUACUACAUAGAGAAGCUACAGACAGACUCCAGCUGCAAGUCCAAUACAUAUCUGGUUAAUCUGAAGGUUGAAGAAGCGUAGCUGUUUUCAAUACGGAAUGGAAAUACAUGAAAUGGUGCUUGCAUAGAGAAGCUUCAUAGACAGACUCCAGCUGCAAGUCUGCAUUAUAACUGGAUUAUCUGAAGGUUGAAGAAGAAUAUAUAUGAUCUUUCUCUUCAAUGUGAAUGUUGUAAAGAGUAGCAAAUGACAUCAUUUUACUUGAUGAUUUCGGGUGGCAAAGACAGCAAUAUUGUGGUACCCAAUGUCCAGAUUCUUGAAAUAAUUGUUAGCUUAUGAAACAAUGCUUUUGGUCAAACUGUCUUUAUACAUUUGUUAAUCUUCGCUUUGAUGGGAUCACAAUUUAUAUUUGUAGGGGUUUUCAUAAGCCAAGAAUGGCAAAAUAUUCAUUUUCUGUCAGGACUUCA